AUGUUGCAGCAAGUGACGAAUGCGCUGGAAGACGACCCCGCGUUACGUCCGUUCCGUGCCGCGAUCACCCCGUUGCAAGCAGACGGGACGAAGCUGGAAAGCAUUCCGACUGCGUCGGUCGAUGCCGUCGGCUCGAAUUUCGGGCUCAGUAUCAUCAUCGAUCGCACCCCAGCGUGGACAGCAGCUCGUCGCGUGUUGAAAGACGACGGCCUUUUGAUUGUCACGGCGUGGGCUGACAAGAGUUCGAACUUGAUAUGGUUUGAUAGGGUUACGGAUAUGUGCAAUGCUUCAGAAAGUGAUGGAGAGCCACUGAACUAUCCGUCGUUGGUGGCAGCAUCGGAUCGAGAGAGGGUGUUGAAGGAGCUACAAGCUGCGGGGUUCCGACAGGUCAAGUCGUACUGCACGACACACACUGUUGUGUUUGACGACUUGAAAACAUUGGCGCAGGCAAAUAUGGACAAUCCCUUUGGUGCCAAGUUCUUGGAGAGGCUGACGAAGAAGCAGAUAGAAGCGACGCUGAUGAAUCUGAUGGAAGAAGGCAUUCUCAAAAACAUAUACUCGGAGGAAGGUUCUGCUGCGACAACGACAAGUGGCGAUGUAGUCGAUGACCUCUCUCCGACCUUGAUUCCAAUUACGGCGUUCACGAUCGUCGCACGAAAGUGA